UGCUGUGACUCGCCUCAAAGUGUCCUGACGACGAGACAGCUUAACUUGAAACUUCUUCCAGUGCGUGUAGAUGAUUCUGGCUCGCAACACCCCCACUUGGCUCUACCUGGCCAAGCGAAGUCAACCCACCGCAACGUCGGAGGGUAGAGUGAUAGCGCUCAGACGUGCUUACCACGAUGAAUCAUUUGGGUUCAGGAGGCCGAGGCAGUUUACUAUGCCAGAUUGUACGUCUACGUCCCUUUAUCCACUGACCCCCGACAAUGCUUCUUGGUCUUCAGAUACACCUGCGGAACUAAGAAACCGCGCAGUGAAUGCACCACUUCUGCGCUAUGCGGAUGCCCUUCGGACUCAUGGUCACCGGGCUGCCUCAAUCGAUCCUUUAGACCUUCUUCGUCGUGAACGUGUGCCUGCUCUCGAACCAGAGCGCUACGGGCUGCCCGACCCCAACGCAGUGUAUGAUACCAGUGGUAUCCUUUGGACCGGUCGCGAAUCAGAGUCAAACACCCAGUGGGCUCUGCGUGACAUAACCGAGUUCUUAAACGUUGUUUACGUCGGUCGUAUCGCCUAUGAAUACAUGGAUCUUCCUAGCAGGACAGAACGUCUCUGGUUCGCACACUUGCUCGAGUCGCAAUCAUCCACGUCUAUGCUUCACUGCAAUGCGCAACGCAAACAGAGGAUCCAUCAGUUAAUCGCUUGCUCAGAAGUCCUUGACACUUUCUUGCAGGCCAAGUUUCCUAAUUUGAAGCGGUAUGGCCUUGAGGGUGGCGAAUCUAUGCUGCCUGCAUUGGACGCAUUGAUUGGCGAAGCUGCUCGUGCGGGUAUAACACGCGUCGUGCUUGCCAUGCCACACCGCGGACGCCUGAACCUACUUACUGGUUUGCUUGGGUACGAUCCUGCAGCCCUCUUCCACAAGAUUAAGGGUGGUGCAGAAUGGAGUGUGCAGGGCGGGCAAUUUGCCGGAGACGUCCUUAGUCACUUAGUGGCAUCCCCAACCCUAAACUACGACGGGAAGGAGAUCAAAGUUUCUCUCCUCCCUAAUCCCUCUCACCUUGAGGCCGUUAACCCCGUUGCACUCGGAAAAGCACGUGCCAAACAGUACACUCUCUUGAAAGCAUUGGAGAAAGGCGGUAAGGGUGCGGAAGGAUGCAUGCUUGGGGACAAAGUCAUGUGCAUCCAACUUCAUGGCGACGCGAGCUUCACUGGCCAAGGUAUCGUGAUGGAGACGCUUGGGUUGAGUAACCUCCCGCACUACACGAGCGGAGGAAGUGUGCAUAUAGUUGUGAACAACAACAUCGGUUAUACCACACCUGCAUCGUCAGCUCGCUCCUCCCUUUACUGUUCCGACGUCGCAAAGAUGAUCAACUGCCCUGUGUUGCACGUCAAUGGCGAUUAUCCCGAAGACGUCGUUCGUGCAGUGGAAAUCGCUUUCAAGUACAGGAAUUACUUUAGGAAAGACGUCGUCAUUGAUCUGCUUGUAUACCGGCGUUGGUAUGUUACCCGAUUUCAGACACGACACCUGACAUAUGAUCCGCAUUACGCGUGCACGCAUUCAUCUUUCAGGGGGCAUAACGAACUCGAUGAACCAUCGUUUACGCAACCACUGAUGUACCAGAAGAUCCGGGCAAGACGUAGUGUUCCAGCACUGUACGAAGACAAACUCGUAAAGGAGGGUACGCUGGAGGAAGAUACUGCUGCUUCAGUAUGCGCUUCUUGCAGGGCAACACUCACGGAUGCCCUUGCCGCCUCCGCAUCAUAUAGCCCGCCAUUGGUUAAGAUGGAAGGGCAAUGGAAUGCUACCCAAAUAGACGAUAACGACGUGAAGAUGGUAUGGCCUGGCUCGCCUGAAGCCCAGACAUUCGAUACGGGCGUUGACGCCGAAGUACUCAGGGAGGUCGGCAGCGCCAGUGUGUCUGUCCCAGACGGAUUCGAAAUUCAUCCGCGUUUGCAGCGACACGUCAAGAGUCGGCUAGCGGCGUUGGAGAAAGGAGAAGGGAUAGAUUGGGCAACUGCGGAGGCGAUGGCUUUCGGCUCGCUCAUGCUUGGGGGGUGUGAUGUUCGCAUCGCUGGACAAGACGUCGGGAGAGGGACGUUCAGUCAUCGGCAUGCAAUGCUCGUCGAUCAGAAGACGGAGGGAGUAAUCGUUCCUUUGAACCAUGCCAUGAGUAGGGCAACGGGCAAGCUGGAGCUGGCGAACAGCUCGUUGAGUGAGGAAGCUGUUUUAGGGUUCGAAUACGGAGCAUCAUGGGAGAGACCUGAUUUUCUGCCGAUUUGGGAGGCGCAGUUCGGAGACUUCUUCAAUGGUGCACAAGUGAUCAUCGACACGUUUAUUUCUAGCGCGGAAACCAAGUGGGCAAAGCAGAGUGGAAUUGUUUUGCUCCUCCCGCAUGGUCUUGACGGUGCAGGUCCUGAACAUUCGUCUUCUCGGAUCGAGCGGAUGCUGCAGCUCACAAAUGAUGCAUACUCUCCUCAGCCGAACACAAACGUCAACAUGCAUGUCGUCUAUCCCACGACUCCAGCCCAGUACUUCCAUCUCCUCCGUCGCCAACUGAAGCGUAAUUAUCGUAAGCCUUUAGUGGUCGCCGCUCCCAAGGGACUUCUGCGCCUCGCGGCCGCUUCGUCGAGACUGGUUGACAUGCUCCCCGGUACGAAAUUUCACCCUGUGAUACCCGAUAACACACCUACGAACACGGCCAAACGUGUCAUCUUGAUGAGCGGUAAGCUGUACUAUGAUCUUGUUAAAGAACGUACUGCACGCAACCUCGAUGAACAUGUCGCGAUCAUUCGGAUCGAGGAACUUGCACCCUUCCCAUUCUCCGAACUCACGGACGUAUUGAAACUAUACACAAGCAAUGGGACAACGCGCGUCGAGUGGAUGUGGGUGCAGGAGGAGCCGAAGAACCAGGGGGCGUGGGGACACGUCAAAGAUCGAUUGGAAGUGGUGUUGAGAGCAUUGGGGGGAGAUGGGAAUGUGGUAUACGUUGGGAGGCGUGAAGAUGCUGUGCCUGCACCGGGCGUUGGAGAGACAUAUCGGUCCCAACAGAAGGCUGUGAUGGAUGGGGCGUUUUCUGGAUUUUCCACAACGGCAUGAUUGAUGUUAGGACCGACCUCAAUGCGAGGCUUAAUUACCGAAAUAUAAUCUGAAGGCAGAGCUUUAUGUUUUCCCCGCUUUUGCGGAGCAAACUUGAAGAUAUGUAAAUCGAGGCUUGUGUAGUAAACGGCCUUACUUUUGAUAGUUCAUUUCGAAGUUGGCAGCGGUGC